GGCGGCCGGGGCUGGGCGCGCCCGAGCCGGCGUGGGCGGGCGGAGCCGCCGGCCGGGCCAUGCUGAGGCUGGCGGCCGGCGCGGCCCGCGGCAUCGUGGACAUGUCGUACGCCCGUCACUUCCUGGACUUCCAGGGCUCCGCCAUCCCCCGGGCCAUGCAGAAGCUGGUGGCGACCCGGCUGAGCCCGGCCUUCCGCGAGGCCGUCACCCUGCGCCGGGACUGCCCGGUGCCGCUGCCCGGCGACGGAGACCUCCUCGUCCGGAACCGAUUCGUUGGUAUCAAUGCAUCUGACAUCAACUAUUCAGCUGGCCGCUAUGACCCAUCUGUGAAGCCCCCCUUUGACAUAGGUUUUGAAGGGAUUGGGGAGGUGGUGGCCUUGGGCCUCUCGGCUAGUGCAAAGUACGCAGUGGGCCAGGCUGUGGCGUAUGUGGCUCCCGGUUCCUUUGCUGAGUACACAGUGGUGCCUGCUAGCGUUGCCACCCCUGUGCCUUCAGUGAAACCCGAGUAUCUCACCCUGCUGGUUAGUGGCACCACUGCAUACAUCAGCCUGACAGAGCUCGGGGAGCUGUCAGAAGGGAAGAAAGUCUUGGUUACAGCAGCCGCCGGGGGUACAGGCCAGUUCGCUGUUCAGCUUUCAAAGAUAGCCAAGUGUCAUGUCAUCGGAACGUGUUCCUCGGACGAGAAGUCGGCUUUCCUGAGGUCCAUUGGCUGUGAUCGUCCCAUCAAUUACAGGACGGAGCCUGUGGAGAAGGUGCUGAAGCAGGAAUACCCAGAAGGCGUCGAUGUGGUCUACGAGUCUGUUGGGGGCCCCAUGUUUGACCUGGCUGUGGAUUCCCUGGCCACCAAAGGGCGCUUGCUAGUGAUUGGGUUCAUCUCUGGCUACCAAAGCCCUACAGGACUCUCACCAGUGAAAGCCGCAGCUCUGCCGGCCAAGCUCCUGAAGAAGUCGGCCAGCCUCCAGGGUUUCUUCCUGAACCACUACUUCUCCAAGUACCAGGCCGCCAUGGACCAACUGCUGCAGCUGUACACUCGCGGGGACCUGGUGUGUGAGGUGGACCUGGGGUGCCAGGCUCCAGGGGGAAGGUUCAUUGGCCUGGAGUCCAUAUUCCGGGCUGUCGAUUAUAUGUACGCCGGGAAAAAUAUUGGAAAACUUGUUGCUGAAUUACCUCACUGUGCCAGCAGUAAGCUGUGACAACAGAAUGAUGACAUAGAACAACGGAGAAAGAAAAGGAAUUUUCGAUGCCUUAGAGUGAAUACAGUAUUUCUUAAAACAAAAGUAUAGUGUGAAUGAAUUCCGCCUCCCCCCUCCCCCGUAAAAAUAAUGCGCCUCAAUAAAAGUUCUCUCUAUAGCUAAGAGGUAAAACAUUUACACUCGAUUUUUUAGUCAUGGAUGGUCUCAUUCCAGGUUUUAUUGUUCCAGGGAAGUAAAUUAAUUCCUGAUGCGAGGCCUGAUGGAGUCAGUACGUCCCCAGCUUGAUGAGAUUUUUAAAUCAGCAUUCAGAUGGCUCAGAUUCCUCUGCUUUAGAGGCAGCAGUGCCUGCUGGAGUACUUCGCAGGUGAGAGCACAGUGCCGUCAGCCUUGUAUUCUCCAGGCCAUGUGCUCUGCAAGGAGCCCUUUCUCCCCAUCAAUCACUAGCCACCUUCUAAAUAGUCGUUGGGGAGAGAAUUCUCCAAAUUUAAUCUUGUUAAGUUAUUGGAAAAGUGAUUCAGCAAACAGCUAUGUCUGAUGGACGUGUCUACUCUGUGAUGGCUUGAAGUCACAUUCUGGUAAGAUUGUCUGUUUAAGAAGAAAUUACUGUUAGAAACAGUGGAAAAGAAAGCCAUGGUUGAGGGAGACUUUGUGAAAUCUAAUGUGCACAGAGGAAGGAUAAAAUUUUGUGCCUCCUCUUCAGGAAAAGGUUCACGUAUGCAACCGCAGGGGUGGCAGAAGGGGCCCCACUCUGGCAUGUGAGAGGUUAAAAACAGCUUAGUUCCUGUCCCCAAGGAGCAAGUGUCACCCCAAACACAGUGGGCGCCCAGCUUGUCUGAAACCAUGACUUCCCCUCAGAAGCCGUCCCUGGUGGUGGGAGUGGGGAAUGUCCCCUUGCUGUAGCGUCAGCCUGUGUGCCUCUGCUGUCUUCCAACCAUGGCUGGUCCGCUCGCCCUUCAUUUUCGGUGCCAGAGUCGAAGCCACGCAGUGCCUUUCCGCUCGCAGGUGAAGACCGGGCAUAUCCUUCAGUCUUGGGUCUCAGUAUGCCAACAUGCUCAAUAAAUGGGAAUGCAGUUAAGAGUGCUCCACAAGAAUCGGGGCCAGAUUUAAUUCUUUCCUUGCAUCUGAAGAGCAGAGAGACCCUGUUUCUGAAUAGCUGUUAGUAUCUAUUUUACGAGAUUUACUCAUUUCCAGGUACCUAAUGUAGCUGCUAGCGUGCAUGCACAACAAUACAAUUUAUAUGGUAAAUGGAACCGAAUAAUGGCUUCACUGAAUGUUAUGGCCGCACUGAAGGGAAAUGUCACGGUAAAUAGCUGCCAAAUUAUGGAUCAUGCUGAAGUGUCACAACUGCACUAAAGACAAAUAGCACUAGAGGCUAUUGCCACCAGGACGCUUUUGAGUUAUGAAGAAGGGUAGCAGGCCUCUUUGUGUCCUCGUCAUAGCAAAGCGCCGCUGGUGCAGGGGACAGGAAGGCUCAUCCAGUGUGGAGCGCAGUUAUUAAUCUGCCCCGUUCAGACCUAGCCAGUAGAGCAGGAGAGACUGCUCGCUCUCCCUACACAAACAUAACAAACAGGAGGGGAGGGGAGGUUUUAUGAAUGUUAGUAUGCUCCGGAAAUGACUGGUAAUGGAAAAAUGUUGUAAUAAAAUAAUCUAAUCAAAGACUAUUAUUAAAUUUAACACAGUAUAUGUCUGAAGGCUUAGUUGCCUCCUAUGCAGAUAGAUGUGUGAAAUCUCACUGAUCGGCUCUCUCCCUCUGAAAAGGCUUGAGGACUGAGGACAUUACCAACUAAAUUGCCUCUUCUGAACUGAACUGAGUCCCGGUUUCCUUCAUUUUAAUGGGAGGGUAAUAAAGAUGAAAGACCAACAUUUUAUCUGAUGGAUCCCUUAAGCUAUGGAGUAAAAAUGUAUUAUGUUUUGAGGGAAUGUACUGAAUUCAGCUAUGUAAAAGUAAAAUUCACAUGCCCAUGUUUAAAAUAAAACAACUUUCAAACCAA